AUGGCUGAAAGCUUUCGAGAAGCAAGCAGAUGUCCUGUCUGUCUGACCUAUUUAGAGAAACCCGUGUUCUUGAAAUGUGGAUACAUUUGCUGCCUCCACUGCCUCAAUUCACUGCAGACAGAGCCCAAUGGGGAGGGUGUAUUGUGCCCUAACUGCCCCGUGGUCACCCAGAAGAAUGAUAUCAGGAGACAUUAUCAGCUGGGGAACCUGGUGUCCAAGAUCAAGGAACUGGAGCCCCACCUAAGGGCUAUCCUAUACCUGAACCCAAGGAUUGUCAAAUUCCAAGUGGACAUGACCUUUGAUGUGGACACAGCCAAUAACCUCCUCAUCAUUUCUGAGGACCUGAGGAGUGUCCGAUGUGGGCAUGUCAAACAGAAGCUGAAAGAACACGCUGAGAGAUUCAGCCAAUCUAUCUGCGUCCUGGGCUCCUCUUGGUUCACCUCUGGCCGCCAUUACUGGGAGGUAGAUGUGGGAACAAGCCAAGAAUGGGAUCUGGGCAUUUGCAGAGAAUCCAUUAACCGACAAGGGAUGGUCUACAUGUCUGCCUGUCUUGGGUUCUGGAUUCUGAGUUGGAGGAAGGGCUGGUACUUCUCAGCCAGCACGAUGCCUCCAACACCCCUCAUGGUGAGCAUGCCAUUACUCCGAGUGGGCAUUUUCCUGGAUUUGGACAUUGGAAACCUUUCCUUUUGUAACAUUAGUGAUGGAUCCCAUAUCUUCACAUUCACCAAGAUUUCUGCAUCUGAGCCCCUGCGCCCUUUCUUUUGUCCUUCAGUUCCAAGGAGUGGUGAUGACAGCUCCCUAAAGAUCUGUUCUGUGAUGGUUCCAAGCCUUCUAUCAAAACCCAGUGUAGACCAAUGCACCAAGAUGACAAAAAACGUUGAUUGA